CAGCUGGCGCGUCUAUAUCGCAAUUCGUCAUCGUCAGUUGGUGUUGGUAGAAAGCGUGUCUACCUAUGUGGACGUGCUUAUCCUUCCUCUUUGAGUAUGAUCUGGGUGCCCUAAUCAGCUAUGAUGGAGGGGGAUCCAGGUAGCGGGCCCUCCACCAGUCAGGCGUCCUCAUCGUCGAAACCCACCCCGAAACAUGAAGCGUCCGCUGCUUCUGGCGCAUCUGGAGCUGGCGGCACUCCAAACCCGCAGCUCUCUAAACGGAGGCGAGGCCUCGGCGUCGUUACGCCUAAUGCGUGCACUGAAUGUCGGAAGAAGCGUGCUAAAUGUGAUGGUCAAAAGCCAUGCGGUCGUUGCAAGUCGCAGAAAGAGGUUGAGUGUAUAUAUGAAAUCCCGGUACGACAAUCGAAAGAAAAUCUACGCCACGAAAUCGAAGUUCUACGACGUCAACAACGACAGAGCGAUUCCGUCUUCUCUGCCCUCGUCCGCCCCGAUCUAAUAGAGGAGGUCUUACAGAGGCUGCGACAAGGACAAACCGUCGAAGGCAUUUCGGAAUGGCUCGGUAGCAGCAGCGGCAGCGGUCCUACUCUACCCGCCCCGGGAAGCGCGUUGCCAGGGUUUCCACGACCGAGUGAAGCCAGAGUUGGAGUCACGCUACCUCCUCUUUCAACCUAUGGGGGGACGUUAGCCGGUGCUGGAGGAUAUAAUGCUAUGGGGAUGAGCCCGACGACAGCUCAGGCUCAUGGAAUGAAUCAAGAUUUUGAUCCGAAUAGCCCGUGGAACUUCUCAUCACAUAGUCAGACCGUAUCGACACGCAGCGAUUCGCAUCCCGAUAUUAUGCAGUGGACCGCCGAGGCUCCACCGCGGUCGCGCGUCGGGCUAUGGCUCCAAGAUCAGUCGUCGGUAAGAGAAGGUCCUCGAUAUCGCGGUGUAGAUCAGGUCCUUGCGCCGUUUGAUUCGCCGGAGAUGAAGGUCCCACCUGGAACAUGGACAACGGUUACUGGAGAUGGCGGUUUGGUCUCACAUCUCCUAGCAUUAUAUUUCUGUUGGGAAUAUCCGACCUUUGCCUCUCUUAGUAAAGAGCACUUCAUGAAAGACUUCCUAAACGGGCGGAACCGGUACUGCUCGCCGAUUCUAGUGAACGCGUUGCUAGCUCUGGGGUGCCGGUUCUCAACCCAACCAAACACACGAGCAAAUCCGAACGACUCUCGUACAGCAGGAGACCACUUCUUCAAGGAAUCGCUGAGGCUCUUUUACCGGGAAAAUAACCACCAUAAUUUAACCACUAUUCAAGCCUUGGGGAUAAUGUCCAUUCGGGAAGCGAGUUGUGGGAGAGAUUCGGAAUCUUGGUAUUAUGCAGGGCAGAGUAUACGGUUGGCUAUUGAGAUGGGCCUACAUCGCUUACAGAAUGAUGGCGACGAGGAUGAAAUUGCCGUCCAGGCCGCGACAUUCUGGGGUGCUUUUGCCUUAGAUCACGCAUGGUCCCUUGCCACCGGCUCUUUGCCCCAAUGUUCUUGUUUUCCACACUUGCCACCUAAGCCCGCAAUUAUCGACGAUAUAGAAGCAUCUCUCUGGGUGCCUUAUACUGAUGACGGGGCUCCUCUUCAACGAUCAUGCGAGCAGCCGUCUAACGUUAGAUCCGUUUACAAAUGCUUCUGUGAGCUUAGUGAACUUGUUCACCAGUCACUAUAUGUACUCCAUUCGCCCGGGAAGCCAGUCACAAGCCGAGAUUUACUUGCUAUCUAUACGCAGUAUCUAAAUUGGUAUGAUAGAAUUCCCGAAGUUCUACGAUUAGGACAUAAUUUCACACCUGCUGUCCUUUUUGCCCACAUGUACUAUCAUUUCGCCAUCCUACUCCUCUUUCGUCCACUUAUCAAACUAAGAAUUAUUGGUUCGGGCAUACUUCCUCGCGAUGUCUGUUCUCAAGCCGCAGAUGCCAUCCAAGGCCUCCUACGAUCAUAUUCCCAGCUAUAUACCCUUCGACGUACACCAUCGUUUGUGCCAUACUUUGUACUUACAUCCUCCAUUAUGCAUCUUGCAAUAGGUGCGGAGGCUUCUAAAGGGCAGUAUACGUCACCAACAGAUAUAUCAAAUCCAUCGACAGCCAAACCUGAAGACGCCGACACUGAUCAUAGCCACGGACAAUUAUCAUCUAGUACAAGGGAUGAGCCUGAGCCGACAUCUCCGUCGAGCACAAUCACUGCAAAACUGAGUCCAAGAGUAGCGGAAGCUUUGAAUCAGGGGAUAGCGCACCUGACAGAGAUGGCACCCUGUCAUCAUUUUGCACACCAAGCACUCAAUAUCCUACAGUAUCUCGCUAAGAAAUGGAAUAUCGAGGUAGACAUUCCACCUGGCAGCGGCGUAUCGGAGGAAAUAGACAAUUCGGUUCGACCAACGACCAGCAGCCUCAAUUUCUUUGCGCCAAAUGUCAACGAGGAAGACUUCCUUUGUGCAUGGGGUACACGAGACAUUGGCGGUGCUGGAGGUGCACAGAGAAGAUAUUCUUCAUCUACUCCACAGACUCAUACUAACCGUGGGGAGAAUAUGGAGGGUGUCAUCGAAGGAGGUCGAGCCAAGGAAAUGGCAGACCAAGACCCGUCACCCAUCUUUAAACCUAGGACCAGCACAGGACCAAUCGCGCAUACUGCUCAAAGCCUGGAGAACCCACUAUUCUGGCCAUUUCCUAUGCAGGGUCGGCCCAUGUUGCCGGAGGGUAAGCAGCUCGAAGAAGCCGGAUUUCGUCCCUUGUAGGUUUAUCAAUACCGACGGGUUUGGGAUGAGCACAAGUCCGAUUUCCAGAGGUUUGGAAAUUGGGACCUGGCGGAUAUACCGAGAACGGCUAUUGCGAUGAUGAAAAACGGAAUCCUUUUCCAUCAUAGUGAUCAUAAGUAGCUCCUUUGUUAAUCCUAAUCC